AUGGAGCGCGGUACAAAAAGAGUUCUGGUAGGCGACCGAAUCAAGAAUGGGGCUCAUCCGACCAGACGCGCAGACGCAGCGGCGGGAAGUGCCUCGCGAGACAGUGUCGACUGCCACCCGAAACGAGCGAAUCGACAAUUACAGCCCGACAGACAAUCCGCAGCUAACAUGAAUCAUCCCGCCGCGCGGUUGAGAAUUGACCGUAUAUAUACGAACGACGGAGAUAUGGAGAAGUGGAUUUGCGAUUUUGAAUUAAUCGCAUCGUGCAACGGCAUCAAAUCGAGUGCGCACCUGGUCACCGCUUUGGGUGCACUGCUUUCCGGACGAGCGAGGGCCGCUUACGAUUUGAUCUUGGAAAGCAACCAAGCCAUGAAUUAUGAGAAUUAG